AUGCUGUCCCUACCAUCUCACACAACACAUCGACUGCAACCCUGUGACGUCUCUUUUUUCAAGCCCCUAAACUCGUAUUACAAUCAAGCAGCUGAUAAAUGGCUUCGUACAAAUCCAAGCCAAAAUAUAACCCAGUUUCAGGUAUCGGCGCUUCUUGGGGAAGCAUAUGCUAAAGCAGCAUCUGUUGGGAAUGCUCUAAGUGGAUUUGCCAAAUGUGGAAUAUGGCCGUUGGACCCAAAUGUGUUUGAUGAUAGCGAAUACGUUUGUCUAUCUACCAGUACUAGUAGUACCACUUCGUUUAAAAAUCAAGUAAACUCGGAGAUAACCGAAGAAGUGAUUCAGAGCGCUUCACAGUUGACUAACAUUGAUUAUUCCAAUCCACUUGCAUCCACUUCAACAUCCUGUUUGCUAAACACAAAAGGUAAAUCAAGUAGUGAGCUGCCCAAAAGGAAAUCUGUUUCCGAAGUAUCACCUGUGCCCAUUUUGAAAAGAAAAUCGCGUAACCUGGCCUUGUCUUCUACUACAAUUAUUACAGAUAGUCCAUACAAGAACGAUCUUGAAAAAAAACAACUCAAAAAAAUUGAUGCUUCUUCAGCCACCAGAAAUGUAUUUUCUUCUGCAAAAGCUACCAGUAAAGGAAAGUCGUCCAAACUCGAUAACAAGAGACCUAUUACAAAGAGACGAAGUCUACAACAUGGAACGUCAAGCGAAUCUGAAUCGGAGGACGAAGAUUGUCUAUGCCUUGUUUGUUUAUUUCCAUAUUCUAAAUCGAAUCCAGGCGAAGAAUGGAUUCAAUGUAGGAUUUGUAAAAAAUGGUCGCAUCUUAAAUGUAUCAGUGGAAAAAAUGUUAAUUUCUAUGAAUGUAUCAACUGUGAAUCAUCAUCAGAUAGCGACUAA